CCGCCAAUAUCGACACCACUACCACGAUCUCUUGAGAUACCUUGAUCGCCCUCAGCCAUUGAGAAUCUCCAUACACCGCCAAAAUGGUCAAGACCUCCGUUCUCAACGAUGCGCUCAAUGCCAUCAACAACGCCGAGAAGUCUGGCAAGCGCCAGGUUCUCAUCCGCCCGUCGUCCAAGGUCAUCAUCAAGUUCUUGACUGUGAUGCAGAAGCACGGCUACAUUGGCGAGUUUGAGGAGGUUGACGAUCACCGCAACGGCAAAAUCGUCAUCCAGCUCAACGGCCGCAUCAACAAGACCGGUGUCAUCUCCCCCCGCUACAACGUUCAGCUCCGCGACCUCGAGAAGUGGGUUGUCAAGCUCCUGCCCUCGCGUCAAUUCGGUUACAUCGUCCUCACCACCUCCGCCGGUAUCAUGGAUCACGAGGAGGCCCGCAGGAAGCACGUUGCCGGAAAAAUCCUUGGUUUCUUCUACUAGACUACUAGCAAGUGCGGUGGAUGUAUACCCUGG